AUGAUUUCAUUGGGUCCGCACUUCUCAAAGAAAGGAGAAAUAGUGAAAGGAGGGAUUGGAAACAAUUCUCCACCAAAUCAACUUCCACCACAAGUUCACAAUAUAACUUUGCAUCUGAAAGCAAAAGAUGACAUUGAAAUACCGCUGGUCGAAAGAGGUGACCGCUUUGUCGCUGAAUCUUUGCUAUCACUCAACUUGCUUAACGAGGUGAUGGAACAGAUGACAACACUUACUAUGAGAGUCAGCAUCACAAUUUUCCGCUCCUAUUUUGACUUGGACAAACUGAUAGAUUUGAGCUUAAAACAACCUAAAACGACACCGGCAGCCGAGAAGAUCCUAUCAAUAAUAUUGACCGGAGAAAAACCUCGUGGUUUUGAUUGGGUCAUCACAGUUGCCGAAGGAUCACCUAGAGAGUAUUUUGUACAUAAGAAAGUGCUAGCAGACGCAAGCCCAAUCCUACAAGUCCUUGUCCAUACUCAUUCAUCACUUCCCAAUGAAAAUCUUCUGAUGGUAUCUCAUGAAGACCGUUUCAUCCUCACUUCUACUCAUGCUGAUGACAUGAAAACGAUCCUCACCUAUCUAUAUUUGCGUCAAUAUGCAAUGCCUCCAUUUGAUGCAUUUGCUCGUGUAGGACGAGCACUCUGCGCUUUAUUCCCUAAAGAUGUAAUCGAGAAGUUCUUUGAACACUGGCAAGUUGCCAUCGUACGAGACAUACUGAAGCUUGACGUAAGUUUUCUGGAAGCUACAGUAUACGUCAAUCACGUGCUCCCUUUUCCGAUCGACAUGCCGAGCUUAGCGCCACGUUCACGCGCAUAGGG